ACACAAUGGAAAAAACGAAAUUCGACUUUAUAAAUAGUUGGAGAAGUUGGUCUUUUGAUUCUAGUUGCAGCCAUGGCCACUCACGCAGCUCUAGCUCCUUCAAGAAUCCCCACUGUCGCCAGACUUCCAUCUAAAGGCAGCUCCCUUCCCACCCAAUGCAUUUCUAAGAAGCUGGAAAUGGCUGAGUUUUCUGGGCUCCGAUCCUGCUCCUGCAUGACGUACGCUACAAAUGCCAGAGGAGCAUCCUUUUCUGAUGUGGUGGCUGCUCAGCUUACUCCUAAGAUGGUAGCGUCAACUCCUGUUAGGAGGGAAACUGUUGCCAAAUUGAAGGUGGCUAUCAAUGGAUUCGGACGCAUUGGCAGGAACUUCCUCCGGUGCUGGCAUGGCAGGAAGGACUCACCCCUCGACGUGGUUGUUGUCAAUGACAGCGGUGGUGUAAAAAAUGCUUCACACUUGUUGAAAUACGAUUCAAUGCUUGGAACUUUCAAAGCAGAAGUAAAAAUUGUAGAUGAUACCACCAUCAGCGUAGAUGGCAAGCCAGUCAAGGUUGUUUCUAACAGGGACCCUCUCAAGCUUCCGUGGGCUGAUCUUGGCAUCGACAUUGUUAUUGAGGGAACAGGAGUGUUUGUGGAUGGCCCUGGAGCUGGGAAGCAUAUUCAGGCUGGUGCUAAGAAAGUUAUCAUCACUGCUCCAGCAAAAGGUGCAGAUAUUCCAACCUAUGUUGUCGGAGUGAAUGAAGGUGAUUACUCUCACGAAGUCUCAAACAUCAUAAGUAAUGCCUCUUGCACUACAAAUUGUUUGGCUCCUUUUGUGAAAGUCAUGGAUGAAGAACUUGGAAUUGUCAAGGGAACAAUGACAACCACCCAUUCCUACACUGGAGACCAGAGACUCUUGGAUGCUUCACACCGGGACUUGAGGAGAGCCAGGGCUGCAGCUCUGAACAUCGUCCCAACAAGCACUGGUGCAGCCAAGGCUGUCUCUCUUGUGCUACCCCAACUCAAGGGCAAGCUCAAUGGCAUUGCAUUGCGUGUGCCAACACCAAACGUUUCAGUUGUAGACCUUGUUGUAAAUGUCGAGAAGAAAGGCAUUACAGCCGAGGAUGUCAACGCUGCCUUCAGAAAGGCAGCUGAGGGGCCAUUGAAGGGCAUAUUGGAUGUCUGUGAUGUUCCUCUUGUGUCGGUGGACUUUAAGUGCUCUGAUGUUUCUUCCACCAUUGACUCUUCCCUGACCAUGGUAAUGGGAGAUGACAUGGUAAAGGUGGUGGCUUGGUACGACAAUGAAUGGGGUUACAGCCAAAGGGUUGUUGAUUUGGCACAUCUUGUAGCAAGCAAGUGGCCCGGCAUGCCUGCUGCAGGAAGUGGCGAUCCCUUGGAGGACUUCUGCAAGACAAACCCUUCUGAUGAAGAAUGCAAGGUUUAUGAAGCUUAGAUCAUUCCUAUUUUCUCUUCGGGAUGUAAAUGCUUUACUCCCCAGGUUUCACCAAAUGCUUUAUUUUGAAAUGAUAGUUGAUUCAUGUCAACCGAAUCAUCUAUAAGCCAUUGGAUGCAAUAAUCUUUCGAAAUAAGCAAAGCUAUAAAUGAGACCCGUCUCU